AUGCGUUUGGCGGUAGGCGCCCCUACUCCUCCUCCGUUUGAAUAUUUACCAACAUUGAGUAUUUUCUUCCGUGCGUGCGUAGCUAAAAAGCCCCUGCGGCCGCGGAACGUGAAGCUGAUGUCAGUGGACAAGGGCCUGAGGGUGAGCUGGGAACCUCCCAAUGAGCUGGACGGUCGCCCGGUGGACCGCUACACCAUCAGCUACGGAAAGUCCAUGAGGACACUGCGCUUCAUCAAGGUGGACAAGGACAGACGCUCCGAGGUACUGGAGGAUGUAGAGCCCGGAGUUCUGCACUUUCUGAAGAUGAGUGCCGAGAACGAGGAGGGGAUCAGCAAACCUGUCUACAGAGCAGAGACGCCAGGAGGUGGUGAAUGGGUCAAACUGGACGGCUUUGCAGUGGUGGGCGGGGCACCUGUCAACGCAUCCUCUCCAGCUCGUCCAUCUCCUACUCCAGACACCCGGCCCAGGCCUGACCCCCCUGUGAGGAUUCAUGUGAUAGAUUCAGGAGUAGAUAAGGCAUUGCGCCCCUCAGGCCUAUCCUCCCCCAGGGGGCAGCGGAUCCGGAGACCCCCCCAGUCGUCCUCCGGCCCUCGUCAGCCAGAGAGGGCUAGGGCAGGGCCAGCCCUGCUUGACCAGAGGUCCCAACACCAACAACACCACACCCAGCCACAGGCAGACCAGAGAAACAGACACAACCUCAAACUAGCUUCUGAGUCCGUCUAUGUGGUAUCACUGCAGGCACAGAGAGCAACGGGGCAGAGCGCGCCAAGCAGCAGGGCCACCCUGACCAAAAAAGCUCCACCAGAGCCUGAGGAGCAUGAGGCCAAAGACAUCAGCGUGAGGGUCAUGUCCCCUCAGUCUGUCCUCAUCAGCUGGGUGGACCCGUCCAUCGAGAUGGAGAAGGUCCUCCCUGGGGACUCCAGGCACUACACAGUGAAGUACAGGGAGAAGGGUGAGUCUGCUCGAUGGGAGUACAAGGAGACCAACCAGAGGAGGCUGCUGAUAGAUACCCUGUCAGCUGACACGAUGUACGAGUUUUCUGUCCGCAUCUCCAACAAGAGAGACAACCAUGGCAAGUGGAGCACAUCUGUGUUCCAGAGGACCCCAGAAUCGGCUCCCUCCGGUCCUCCAGAGAACUUUCACGUGAAGGCGCUGAGAGGGAAGGGAACCGCCGUCACGGCGACCUGGGACCCUCCUGAGGAACCCAACGGGAGGAUACGUGAGUACAUCAUGUCCUAUGCUCCUGCCAUGAAACCCUUUGGGAUGAAGACAGUGACAUACCGUGGCAGCAUCACCUCAGCCAUCGUAGACGGCCUCCAGCCUGGGGACCGUUACAUCUUCAAGAUCAGGGCCACCAACAGGAGGGGCCAGGGCCCUCAAACGAAAGCCUUCAGUGUGGCCGUGCCUCGUGGCACCACCAACAGCGCUGCCUCCCCACCAACUCAUCACUCCAAGGGCCAAGGAGGCCGUAGAACCAGCCACACACCUUCUCGGACCACCGAACAGGACAGUUACCAUGACGAUGACACCGACCUCCAAUUAGACGCCGUGACCGAACAGCUGACCACACCCACCCAGACCACAUCCUCCGCCACCAGACGGACACACCCACUCACCCAGACACGCUCCUAUCACAGCAUCUUUUCAGAUGUGAGGGGCACGGUCAGGAAGGCGGCGACCAAUCAGCAACUAGGAGGCGGUACCUCUUCAGCCAGAGAUAAGGGGAGAGAGACAGAAACAGAGGAUGAACAGGAGGGGGAGUACAAAACAACAGAACCCAACCCAGAAGAACAGAAGAAGGUGAGGCGCACCAAUGAGGCUCUGGAGGAGAAGAAAGAAGCAUUGACUCAGAACAACGGUGUUCCUUCUGAACCUAAGGAGGAGGACAGGAGCCAUGGCAGAGGGAGAGGGAAAGAUCCAGCUGUAGAUGAGACCUCUAGCCCCAGCCUCAAAACAGAGGUUCCCUCAUCAGAGGGCUCCUCAUCAUCGUCCAAACCCUCCUACCCUCUCCGCAAACCUCUCUCCGGUAGACGCAUCAACUCUGGUCGACGGCAAUUCUCCCGGACAUCUGGCUUAGGGUCAGUGUUCCAGCCGAAGACACAGGAUGCAGAAAUGGACAGUGCCUCCUCCUCCUCCUCUUUGUCCUCCAGCCCAUCCCACAGCCAGGAGUCAGCAGCCAUCAGGAAAGACGAUGUGGUCACCAACUACGCCGAGGGUAAAAACACCUAUGACCAGCCCAGUGUCACAGAAACCAAACCCUCCCCCUCCACCCCAGAGCAGGCCAUCUCAGAGCCCGAGGCCGAGGCACCUUCUGUGGGUAGGGGUCCUGCUCUGCCAGGUCGUGGAUAUGGUUAUGGCAGGAGGAAACCCGGGAUCCUGUCUCGAGGGAAUCCAAAUGGCCGAGUUCUGACUGGACUCCGCAAACCUGGGUCAGCCUCAACAUCGACCGGAGGCAAGAUUCCUGAAACGUCACACACUCACGGCUCACAUACUCCUAACGCGCAGGACUCAACACACCACCAGGAGAAAAAUGACCACAACGACUACAAAAACACAGAGACAAAGGCCACAAAAGAAGGAGAACCCACUUCCAAUUCCCAGACCAUAUCCUCUACACAUCCCUCAGAGGAGGACGCAAGAGAGGACAGGACAGAGGAGAGAGGGAGGGGAGACAGGAGAGAGGAGAGAGUGAGGGGAGACAGGACAGAGGAGGGAGGGAGGGGAGACAGGAGAGAGGAGGGAUGGAGAGGAGGCAGGAGAGAGAGGAGAGAGGAGGAAGGGAGGGGAGACAGGAGAGAGGAGGGUGAGAGGGGAGACAGGAGAGAGGAGGGUGAGAGGGGAGACAGGAGAGAGGAGGAAGGGAGGGGAGACAGGAGAGAGGAGGGAGGGAGGGGAGACAGGAGAGAGGAGAGAGCGAGGGGGGAGAACAACUACAACACCCCAGCUCCCCCUCCCUCCAGGAUUAACCCCUUUGGGAACCGUCACCAGAGCAGGUUUGGAACAGGGACGGGGAGCAGUAGCAGGGCCUCCUCCCCCCGGGCGGACGGGAGGGUUCCCUGGAGCAGGACUACCUCCUCGUCCUCCGUUGGGGCAGGGAGACCCCUCCUUAGAGGAACCCCCUCCAGGACAGUUGCAUUGGGGGCAGCAGGAGCUACGGGGGCAGCAGGAGCCUCAGGGGAAUCGAGGACCUCAGCAUUGCAGGAGACCAGUGAAGAUGCUAAAACCUCCUCCACCCUCUACCCAUUAAAGAACGGGGAGAGGGCGGGGUCACCUAAACCCUCUCUGCCCAACAGGAGUGCAGUUCUAGGUGGAUCUAGGAAUCCCAUCACCUCCUCUUCCUCCUCCAACCCCUCCUCUAGUGGUCGUAGAGACUCCAGUGAGCAAGUCCACAGAGGAAGCAGCAUCAGGGAGGACAGCAGUAAUGACCAUGAGGAGGACUAUCUCUACGAGGGGAGUAAGGAGAUCUAUGAGAAAGUCACAGACCCUACCCCUGUCCCCAAAACUACUACCACCACUACCACCACUACCACUACCUCAGCCCCCAGUACCCCCCGCAGGGUGUCCCAGAGUGGGGAUAACGAGAAUGUGGACCCCAAGCUUGGUAGAAUCAGACCCGGUUUAAUCCCCAGUUCUACGUUUCCACGACGUCCCAUUUUAAGUCCCAAUGGGAGGGUGAGAUCCCCACUACUCACAAACAGGCAGACGGCUUCUAGGUUCCCCUUUAGAGCACAACCAGCACAGAGCACACAGUUAGGUUCCUCUAACCCAGACACAUCCCCUUCCUCUUCUUCCUCUUCCUCCUCUAGUCUGCCACAGCCAGACCACAGGGUUAACGGGGGCACUAGUGUUAGCACUGGAGGCUCCCCCCCUUCCCUCUCUCUCCCCUCCCUCAGACAGACCUCCUCUAGUGAGGGUUCCCAGGGGUCUCAGGACUCCUCCUCCUCAUCCAGAGACUCUUUGGGGGGGCAGGGGAUGAGGAUGCGCUACCCCAGUCGGUCAGACCCCUUCCUCAGGGGUAAAACCCCCAGGGGAGGCCUCAAGCCUGGCUACGGAAACGGUAACGGUAAAAAUGGCCGCCCCAAUCUCACAGUGACCAGUGACAAAGAGUCCAGUACACCUAAUGACAACACAAAACCUAAUGGACGAAGGUACAUCACUGGGCCUGAUGGAGCCAAAUGGGUGGUGGACUUGGAUGAGGGGGUCCUGAUGAACGAGAAUGGCAUGGUUCUCCAGGACUCUCAGGGCCGACCCAGGAGGGUGGUGCUGGGAGAGGAUGGACGCACCAUCUUUGACCACCAGGGCAGCCCAUUAGUGAACCAGGAGGGUCAGGCUCUGUUCGGUCAUGGUCGGGAGAGCCAACCAUUGGUCAACCCCAAAGACAAGUUCCUGACCGUGGGUGGCAAACCCGUCAUUGGCCUGGACCGGCCUAAACCCAGGACCACAACCACAACCACAACCACAACCACAACCACAACCACAACCACAACCAGACCUCCUACUACGACCACACCUGAACCAACCACGCUCCCAACCACCACUGAAAUGACCACAGAGGAGACCACGACCAUGCUGGUGUUCCCAUCUUGUCCUCCAGGAAUGUUUUUAAUCAGGGAUGAGAAUGGAUUUCCAAUGCUGGAUGCUGAUGGUGUCCUGGACUGUUAUCCUGAAGAUGAGAUGUUGUGGCAAACCACCCUGCCCCCCACCCUGCCCCCUACCACCACCAUCCCAGAUGCCCCCACCCCUGAACCAGAGAGCAGGCCCUUCAACAACAGCCCUUCCAAUGAGUUCGACCUCACUGGGAAGAAACGUUUCACAGCUCCGUACGUGAACUUCAUCCAGAAGGAUCCGGGUGCUCCGUGCUCGCUGACGGAGGCUCUGGAAUACCUCCAGGUGGACGUCUUGGAGAACCUGUUCAAGAAAGACAGCCUGGCCUCCAAUCAGAAACAGCCGCCCAAGAACAAGCCCCACAACAUCACCGUGGUCGCCAUGGAAGGCUGUCACUCGUUUGUCAUCCUGGACUGGGCCAUCCCCCUGAAGGACGACAUGGUGUCAGGCUACAUGGUCCACAGCGCCUCAUAUGAUGACAUCCUCAACAACAGGUGGUCCUCCAGCGCUUCCAGCGGCACACACCUGGCUGUAGAGAACCUCAAACCCAACUCCAGGUACUACUUCAAAGUCCAGGCAAAGAAUAUCUUUGGGCUGGGACCGGUUAGCGAUACGCUCACCUAUGUCACUGAAUCAGACGACCCUCUUCUUAUUGAACGGCCGCCUGGUGGAGAGCCUAUCUGGAUCCCCUUCUCCUUCAGAUUCAACCCCCAGCACAGUGCCUGUAAGGGCAGCCAGUACGUCAAGAGGACCUGGUACAGAAAGUUUGUGGGUGUGGUCCUGUGCAACUCGCUGAGAUACAAAAUCUUUAUGGGCGAUGGGCUGAAAGAAAUGUUCCACAGUAUAGCAGACACAUUCGGCCAUGGGGAGGACCACUGCCAGUUUGUAGACUCUUACCUAGACGGGAGGACAGGCUCCCCCAGCCUCUCAACGUAUCUGCCCACAGCACAAGGUUACUAUCGCUCUUACAGGCAGGAGCCAGUCAACUUUGGACCUAUCGGCCGGCGUACGCCACACCCCUUCGUGGGAUGGUACGAGUGUGGGGUGCCCAUCCCCGGCAAGUGGUAACACAGGGGGUCACAAAGAGGUCAUCACCGAGGGCAUACAAACUCCAACCUGCUGCAGCCUCUGUCAUGCUCUCACUGGCCCCGCCCCCUGGAGAUGAACUGUUGCUAACCACAGCAGAAAGACAACAACAUUCCAAACUUAUACUGCUUCAGAUCAAAGAGAAUAUAAUACUUUAAACAACACUAAUAUUUCCAUGUAUUCAUUACCAUGCACUUGUAUAAAAGCAGUUUGUAUAUGAGGGGGGGAAAGCAUGUAUUGCUAUUGCUUAGUUUAACUUUUGUCUUCUGGAUCGGAAAGAAUCCUUGUUUAUUCCCAACUAUUCUCAAGUGGAAGUGCACCUGUGAUCACGACAACACUAAUGAAAUGGGAGAUCCUGUAAAAGACCAAAGCACAAACCGAACAGUACUAAUGGGAGCGAAGGGAUUGUAUGUGUGUUUACUAUCAAUCAAGAGAUCUUGUUCAUAACAGUAGUAUGAUACAGUAAUGGCUUUUGACAACUAGUUUUGGUGUCAGUUUUCUUGAACAUGCAUAGUGUUUUUAUAGUCUUUGGUAUUUACGAAACUCCAUAAGAUCAGAAGUUACUGUGGAAGUGUUGUAUGUAUACAGACAAUGAAUAAUAAUACUUCAUAUUUGCUCAGGAAUGGUUGGACAUUAAAUAAAGGUGCUAUGGAAAACAA